AUCAGCGCAUCAUCUUUUACUUUUCAACACACGUAAUCAAAGUGAACCUGAUCAUUUAUUUCCAAUUCGGAUAUUUUUUCUAUUCAGUUUGCAAUUUUUCAGUACAAGUGUAAAGAAAAUUUGUUUGUGCAAGAACAUCAAGGACUUAUCGUAAGAGUAGCGAAAACUUUCGAAAUGAUUUGUUGUUCGCGUAUUUUGAUAUUCGGUAUGACGUUCGCGGUAGCAUUUGCUUGGGUCCAAGAAAACGAUUUCGUUAAAAACCGUGGAGUUCGAGUCCAGGUCGGAUCCAUGCUCGCUGAAGUUGCAAAAGAGUUAAUUCAGAGAUCGUCAACGAAUAGCCAGGUACUGAGUUUGAAUUUGUCAAAUUUGCUGAUACUUUUGGUACUCAAGGCUGUAGUUUUCGGGGCUGGAUACAUGGGACAUCAUGGAUACAAAACUCGCGAAUUGGACGAUGAACCAAUCGUUUCCGAGAGUGAGGUAGCCUUGGCCUUGGGCUACCUUGUCGGCGACAAAUGCCUUUUCAGGGCAGCCUGUGAAGUCCCUCGCAAAGCCAAGGAAUACCUCGGAGCCGCCGAAAUGUUUCUGCAAACCUUCAAGCUCAUGCCACAAUCUGUUCCCGUAGAGUUCGACAAGUAUGAGAAGACUGUUCUAGAGCUGAGGAAAGCCGUAGAAUAUGGAUCGGCCGGGAAGUGUCCACCGGAAUAUACUUGCAAGAAGGAAAAUAUUGACAAGUUUUUGAAAGACGCGUGAAAUUGUGGGAAAUGACAAUAAUAUGGCAAAUCUAUUUCAUAUUUUUUCACUAGUAUUGGAAUCUAUUUUAUAAUAAAGCAUCAAGUAACUAUUGUACUCUCUGAUCAAUGACAAUAUCUUUU